UGACACCGAGUGGAGGGAAGUCGGAAGUCGCUUGCAGGGUGAAAAUGAGGAAGAGCAAAAGGAAAACCAACACUAUCGAAAAGGAGUUUGUGUUUGAGUUUAAAGCAGGAAAACAUCACUGUGUCCUCAAAGUACCGCUUCAGUUCCCGCUUAAAGAAAAUGUUAAUGAUCUUCAUGGACGGAUAGUCCUGCUUCAUAAUAUCCCCUGUUUUGUUGAAAAUGAAUUGAAAACAAGACUGGUCAGUUUCAUAGAAGGGGAGACGUUGGUGGACUAUGACCGGGAUGCAGAAGCAGCCCUACAGAGGCUCACUACAGGAGAGGUCGAUAUCAACAAACUUACAAAUGUAUGGGCCAAGGUCUAUUCUGAGACUACAUUGGAACAUGCCCGUCCUGAGGAAGCCAGCUGGCAUGAGGAUUUUGCAAAUGUAUAUCACGAACUGAUCCACUCUCCAGCCUCAGAGACACUCCUCAAUCUGGAGCACAGUUACUUUGUCAGCGUCUCUGAGCUUAUCAGUGAGAGAGACAUGGAACUCAAGAAACUUCAAGAGAGGCAGGCUGCUGAGAUGGAUAAAGUCAUGCAGGAGCUUGGAAAGACUUUAUGUGACCAAGAUGUAAAUACAGUGGCUGCCCAGCACUUUGAGGCACAACAGGUUCUGGAAAACAAGUGGGCCAGUGAACUGAAACAAGUUACAGGUAUCCAGAAACACGAGUAUCAGGAGUGGGUGAUGAAGCUUCACCGAGACCUUCAGAAUCCUAAUAACAGCUCAAUCACCGAGGAGCUCAAGGUGCAGUCCGGACAGCUAGGAGAGGGAGGGGAGGUGGGGGCUCGGAUCUUCGAGGAACAGCGACAGCUGGAGGAGAGCUUCACCAUCCACUUAGGGGCUCAGCUUAAGACCAUGCACAACCUGCGGCUUGUGCGAUCUGACGUGCUGGACUUUUGUAAGCACCGUCGCCAUAGCAGCAGUGGGGUUAAACUGCGGCGACUGCAGACCGCUCUCUCGUUGUACUCCACUUCACUCUGCGGCCUGGUGCUGCUGGUCGACAACAGAGUCAAUUCAUACAGCGGCAUAAAAAGAGACUUUGCCACAGUGUCCCAAGAAUGCACGGAUUUCCACUUCCCUAGGCUGGAUGAGCAGCUGGAAAUCAUCCAGCAGGUGGUGCUGUAUGCCCGAGCUCAGCGCAGCAGCAAGCAGAAAGAGCAGCCGGAGAUGCCAAGAAAUGGAAGUAGCGAAGACAAAAAUAAGAUGAUAGACAGAAAUUCUUCCAACAUUCUUCCAGGUGAAUACUACAUCAGCCGCCAUUCGAACCUGUCUGAGGUUCAUAUUAUGUUUCACCUCUGCGUGGAUGAUAACGUGCGUUCGGGGAACAUCACAGCCCGUGACCCGGCCAUCAUGGGUCUUAGGAACAUCCUGAAAGUCUGUUGCACUCAUGACAUCACCACCAUUACUAUCCCACUGCUGCUGGUGCACGACAUGUCUGAGGAGAUGACUAUUCCUUGGUGUCUGAAACGAGCUGAGCUAGUCUUCAAGUGUGUAAAAGGUUUUAUGAUGGAAAUGGCCUCCUGGGAUGGAGGAAUCUCACGGACUGUCCAGUUCCUUGUUCCACAGAGUAUCUCAGAGGACAUGUUCUACCAGCUGAGCAACAUGCUGCCUCAGAUCUUCCGAGUCUCCUCAACGCUCACGCUAACAUCAAAACGCUGACCGAGCCACCAGGAGAAACUCAUGUUCCUUACAUCUCAACUGCCAAUAUGUAGGACGUCCCAUCACUUUAGGUGCUUCAUUUUCAAAGACACGGAGACAAAAACUGUGCUGUAUGUCAUGUACGAGCCUGUUCCAAGAGGCUUAGCACAUUGUCCUGAUUAUUUCAAUCAUAGAUGUUUACUGGCAUUCAUCAUUUGUUUAUUCCGAAUCAGAAAGUGCGAUAAAUAUUCAAGGGCAUUUUCAGAUGCAUUUGGCUGUGAUACUGUGAUCGGCGUUCACCUAAUGCUGCAUUGGAAGCAGGCAAUGCCAAGACAAGCUGUGUAUUUGUGCUGCAUUGCAGUCAAGCACCUUUGGCCUCUCGUGUCUUCAUUACUCGCCAGAAACUCCAGAUGGCGCUGUCUUGGAGCUCUUUAAAGCAGGAUUGAGGUAACUAAAGCUGCUGAUUCCAAAUGUCAGAUGAAACCAGACAUCUGAGUAUUAUAAGUGAUUUACCAUGUGUUUGUAUAUAAGGUGGCAGUUGUAGGUACUGGCACGUAUGCAGUUAUAUUUAAACUGUGUGAACUGAGGCACUGCUUGUGCGUUUCGUAAAACACGAAAGGAAUUUCAACUGUAUUUUUUUAUCGUGAAUCUUACAAACGUUUACCUUAUUGGUCAUGUGUUGCAAGUGGUGUCUUGAAAACGUACGUUCUUAUAACAAGCUGGGUUGUUUCAAUCUAUGGUUGGGUCAAAUAUGGAGAUUUUCUAGGUUUAUUUAAACCAGCGGUUGGAUUGAAACAACCCAGCAUUUAUAUUGUAUCUUCAUAAUGUUAUAACAAAUAACAGACUAGUGGGAAAAUGCGUUUUGUAAUUUAUUUUAAAUGCCUUAACAAACAGAAUCUGCAAGUUAACUAGUUUCAAUUAAGUCUUUUGUGAGAUUUUACCUAAUGAGUACAUUACAAUGCAAAGUUCCCAAGCAGGGCUAAUCUGAGGGUUCAAGCAUUUGCAUUCCCACCAGUCUUUUGUUCCAGACCACUGGCAUGGUAAUGACAUCAGUUCGUUGCUAAAUGUCACUACAAUGAAUGCAAAUAUCAUUGUAAAUUCGAUGGACUCAAUCAAUUCAAUUUGAUGUAUUGACACUAGUGCAUACAUACUAAUUUGUUAUUUUACUCCCACCACUGAUUCUGUUAUACAUUAUAAGUAUGUAAAUAAACAUGGUGUAUGCUCAUUA